UUUUUGACUUGUGUUUCUCGCUUUAUCUAUCUAUCUAUCUAUCUAUCUAUCUUUGAUCGUAUAAAAAUAAUGUCAACAAUUGAAAAACAAUCGAUUUAUAAUUCAAUAAUGAUGCCGACAAAUUCGUUUUCAAAUCUUACAACAACAUUAUUACCUUCAUCAUCAUCAUCAUUACAACAACAAGAUUCUACAAAUACAUCAUUAUAUGCUGCCAAUCUUAUUGCUAACAAUUUAUCACCAUUAUCAUUAGAAUUAUUAUUAUCUAAACUGCAGAAUCAACGUAAAUUAUUAUCAUCAUCAUUUUCAAUGAACAAUAAUCAUGAUGAUGAUGGUGAUGAAAUUCAUUGUGAAAAUCAACAGAAUAAUUUUGAUAUGGCCAUUUUACAAGAAUUUAGUCGACAAUUAAAAGCUAAUAUCGAACAACAACAACAACAACAACAACAAUAUCCCAACAACAACAAUCAAAUUGAUUUAAAUUUCGAUAUAAAUCGUGCUUUUGUUGGACAAUUGUUGAACAAUUUAUAUAAUCCAAAUCUUUUGCAACAAACAACAACAACAUCGACGCCGACAACAACAACUACAGCAACAGGAAUUUGGAAUCCACAUCAUCAUCAACAACAACAAUCAAAUUAUUCGGUAACAGAAUCACCAUCACAGGCAAAUGAUAAUCAUUUGAAAUCAUUGAUCAAUAAUAUUGAUAAAUCAACAACAACAAGAAAAUUUAGUUCGGCAAUUGAUUUGACCAAUAAACUUGAUAAUCAACAACAACAACAACAACAAUCACCAACAGCAAUAAAAUCGGUUAUUAAUUAUCAAUCAAUCAAUAAUCAUCAUAUUGAUAAUAAUGACGAUAUUGGUCAUUCAUCAUCAUCAUCAUCAUCACCACACACACCUACAUCAUCAUCAUCAUCCACAUCAUCAUCAACAUCAUCAACGGCAAAUACAUCAAAUCAAUCAUCAUCAAUCAAUCAAAAACCACCAUAUUCAUAUAUUGCAUUAAUUACAAUGGCAAUCAGAUCAGUACCUGAUCAUAAAAUAACAUUAAAUGGUAUUUAUAAAUAUAUAAUGGAUAAUUUUCCAUAUUAUCAUGAUAAUAAACAAGGAUGGCAAAAUAGUAUUCGUCAUAAUUUAUCAUUGAAUGAUUGUUUUAUAAAAGUAAUUCGGGAGAAAAAUAAACCAGGUAAAGGAAAUUUUUGGACAUUGGAUCCAAAAUUUAAUAAUAUGUUUGAAAAUGGUAAUUUUCGUCGCCGAAAACGUCGUAAUAUUAAACAUCAGCAACAGCAACAGCAGCAGCAGCAACAACAAAGACAACAUCAACAGAUGGUUGAACGGAAACGUAUGGCAAUGAAUAAUCAUAAUCAACAACAUUUAAAUCAUCAAAAUUUUCAAAUUCGUUCUAGUCUAAAUCAUGAUAAUCAACAACUGGCUAAUAAUAAUAUCAAUCCAUAUGAUCGUCGUUUAUUGACUAACUUAUCGGUACAAGAUUGUUUUCAAUCAAUGAAAAUUCUUGCCAAUUCUGAACAACAACAGAAUUCACAUUUUCAUCAUAAUAAUAAUAAUAAUCAUAUUUCAUCAUCACAAUCAUUUGUUGAUUUAUCACGACAACAACAACAACAACAACAACAUUAUAAUCCUCAAUCACAACAACCAUCAUUACAAUCAUUAUAUAUGACAGCAUUAUAUUCUAAUCCAUUGACUACAGGAACUAAUGAUAAUUCUACUGUUGCUAAUAAUAAUGCUACAGGUUUAAUUCUUGAUUCUUAUCAUCAUCAUCAUCUUCAUCAUCAUCCAAAUCUAUCGAUUGCAUCAUUAAGUAGUGGUGGUACAUCAUUAUCAUCAUCAUCACCACCAUCAUCAACUAGAUCAUCACCGGAUAAUCAUGAUUUGUUGGAAAAUUAUUUUGAAAUUGAACAACAUCAACAACAACAACAACAACAAGAUGGCACUAUUGAUCUUCGUAUUGAUACGAAAAAAAAUCAAGAUCGUCUUGGUAAAGAAUCAUUAAACAUUAUGAUAAAUGAUGUGGAAGAUCGUUCAUCCCCAGCAUCACCAUCAACAUCAACAUCAUCGGCAACAACUGUUGAUGUUGGCAACGAUAAUAAUAAUGUUCAUAAUACACCAUUAUCAUCACCUCGAACACCAUCUAGUGUUGAACAAAGAAACAAAGAAAUUGGUCAUCAUUAUUCAUCAUGUUGUUCACCAGAUGACACUACUGGUUCGGAAAAUUUUAAAUCAAUGGCUAUUAACACAUCAUCAUCGACAUCACCAUUAAAAGAUUAUUCAAUUGCAUCAAUCAUUUCAUCAUCAACAUCAACAUCACCACAAUUAUCAUUAACGAUAAAAUCAACAGAUAUUGAAGAUUAAAUUAUCUCAAUUUUUAUUAUUAUUAUUAUUAUUAUUAUUAUUAUUAAAAAAUUUAAAGAAAUGAAAACAAAAAUCCCUCCAU